AUGCAGGAGAAGGCGAAAAGGCAAGGUGAGAAUCUGUCAUUGCAAGUUAGUGGAAUAGAUGAUGAUGACGACAACGACGACGACGACGGCAGUGGCAACCACCUCGGCCAGGCAAGCAGCACAGCCAAACGUCGUAUAUUGCAUCAAAGCUGCGGCAGGUCGCCCUCCAACCGUGCCUUGACCCCAAACCCUCUUUCAGUAUCUCAGUACAGCGGUUACGAUCCCAAGAUAUGCUAUAGUGAUGACAGCGGUGACGACGGCAGCGAAGAAAGCGGUGAUCACGGCCGCGAUCUUGGAGGCAACAAACGACCAAUAUCAGCCGCACGCCGGUAUCGCUCGCGCAGACAUAUGAGGAGGCGGAAUUGCAGCAAUGCUGCCCUCAAGUUCAGGCUGAUACAGAGCUCUACUUUGACAGCCAGCCAAUUCCGGGAAUUUGGACAGAAGCUAAAAGGUAAAACUCUCCCUCCUGCCACCUACAAGCGCCAGAGGACAGAGCGGAAUACUCUGGGGAGUAAUCAAACUUCCGGCCAAGCACCUGGAAACCCACUAGAGACGACCUCGACCGCAACCUCAACCAAAGCAGAAGCAGUAAUAGCCGAAGCAGGUAGCAACGAAGAUGGGUACAAUACUUUAGAUGCAUCCGCCGCUUCGGUACUAGCUAAUCCUAACGACGCUGAUCAUGUGAAGGUUUUGGAACGAGACUCGAUUGCCAUUCCCCAAGAAGACCUUCGAAUCAAGCAGGGAAUUAAAUAUGAGACUUAUGAACGAUUUGAAGAAUGGGAAGAAACCUUCAAAUUCUUUAAAGAAAACGGCAACCACCCCAUUCUAAUCAAUGCCCGGAACACUGCCACUUCCGAAGUUAUCCCCCAAGGACGAAUUCGAAGACGACCUGGAUGUUGUAGAUUGCCUGCUCUCAGAAGAAAAGACCAUCGUAUAGUCAGAAGAAAAUGCUCUAAAAAGCCGAAAAGAGGCUUCCAAAAACCAGAAAAGAACUUCAUCGCAAACAUCAACAAAUGGGCGAUGAAAGCCUACGAUUCUGGAAAAGCCCGGGGAGUAUAUUCUCUCAGAGUUAUCAAUUAUGACGGGCUUAAUAAGGUGAAUUCCGGUGCGAGGACGGAGUCACAGCAGGAUUUUUGCCUAAAGGAGAACGAAGAGGAAGAAGCGCAGGAGGUAGCCGAGGAAGAGGUUGAGGAAACGGCUUUGGGUGGAAGUGAUCUUUACAACGACUAG